AUGUCGGAUGACGAUUCGAGGGCCAGCACCAGCUCCUCCUCAUCUUCAUCCUCCAACCAACAGACAGAGAAAGAGACAAGCACGCCUAAGAAGAAGGAAAGCAAAGUCAGCAUGAGUAAAAACUCUAAGCUGCUAUCUACCAGUGCCAAGAGGAUUCAGAAGGAAUUGGCUGACAUCACCUUAGAUCCACCUCCCAACUGCAGCGCUGGCCCCAAAGGUGAUAACAUCUACGAAUGGAGAUCAACCAUUUUAGGACCUCCAGGUUCAGUCUAUGAGGGAGGUGUUUUCUUCCUUGACAUCACAUUUACACCAGAAUAUCCUUUCAAGCCUCCAAAGGUAACGUUUCGGACAAGAAUCUACCACUGUAAUAUUAACAGCCAAGGCGUCAUCUGCCUGGACAUUUUAAAAGACAACUGGAGCCCAGCAUUAACCAUUUCUAAAGUUCUCCUCUCCAUCUGCUCCCUCCUCACAGACUGCAACCCGGCUGACCCCCUGGUUGGAAGUAUUGCCACUCAGUAUAUGACUAACAGAGCAGAGCAUGACAGAAUGGCCAGACAAUGGACCAAAAGAUACGCUACAUAAAUUGGAUUUUCGUCAAACUCUUACAUUAUUCUUCUGUGAUGGAAAGAGCUGCUUAUGAUUUUGAAGGGGUGGGGGGAGGGAGGGUGCUGGUAAAGAGUAGGGUAUUUCUAUAACAGAUUUUAUUCAGUCUUUUAUUUCUUAAGAUUUUGUUGUUGUAACUUAAGGUAUCUUGCUACAGUAGACAGCUAGGAUUGGGAAUAGCAUAUUUUAAGACUGUAAUUAGUUCAGCAAUAUUAGCUCACGUAUAGUACCGAGAAGAAUGUAAACCUCAGACUUCUUUGGUUUUCAGUUUGCUUGCAAUAUGUAAAAGAUUAAAACAGCUUAAUUUUGUACAGGUACAUAUGUUGACAUUUAUGUAAAAGUCCUUUCAAGACUUCACACACUGUUUUUGCUUUUUGUUUUGUUUUUGGUUUGGGGGGUUUAUUUCAUUCAGGGUUGGGUUUCCUGGUUUGGUUGUUUUGUUUUGUUUUCGGUUUUGUUUUUUGGGUUUUUUUUGUUUGUUUUUUUUUGUAAAAAGAUGUCGGGAUUAUUUUCCCCUAUGGAGGGCACAUUGGUAUUUAACAAAAUCUUUUUAAAGACUGUCAUCUCAUGAUCUGUGACACGGAGAGGUGGAUAUAUGGCCUCAUAUAUGAAAUGAGAAGUAGUUAAUGUAUUAUUUUAUAAGCCAAUCUAUCUUUGUGAAAAGAAUAAAGGGUUUAAUCAGGACUUACGGUAACCUGUAGUGAAAUACCUUAAGCUGUUUAACUGUAAGGCGUGGAUAGGAGUCACUCAGUGGAUUGGUUGUAUGUUGUGGGCUACUUAAGUCUGCAUUUGUUACUGUGCUAAUAAAAAGAUGUUUAAAAAAAAGAAGAAGAA